AUGAUGCUGCAUUCAUCUACAACCGAGUUGCACUCUGCCAUCUCCAGUCUUGUAUCUUGUACAAACAAUCUUGACAAGAACAUGAAAGAUCUACGGUCGGAUCUGAGCCAAGUCACUGAAUCCAGCACCACUGCUCUUACAUCUAGUCAGAUAUACGGUUUAGAAGCCUUUCACCAGAGACUUUUAUCGCAUUGUGCCCAACAAAGCCUUCAUAUCAAUCAUAUUCUAUCUGACACUGAGGAUGGAAACCAAACAUCCUCUCGACCAACAUCUGCAACACUAGUCAAGGCAGCAGAAGCAGCACUGUUUCAUUUUCAAGCCCAGUCAGAGUCACUCAAACAAGUGUUGAUUGACCAAGGUAUUCCCGAUAUGCAGGAUCUAGAUGUGAAACUUCAGCCUAUUCCAUCUAUCCAGCAAUGCUCAACCCCAAAACUGCCAUCACAUCCUGUAAAACGACGGUGUGAUGUUCUUUCACCAUGGACUCCCAGAACUGCACCACCGCAGCCAGAUUUUACCAAUGGGUUUGCCAAGUCUACAGAUAAUCAUCACAUCAAAGAAGCCUUGGCUACUAAUGAACUGGAUAAGCUGGCUGAUCUGGAUGAUAUGUUGGAUACAAUGACAUUGGAGGAUCUGGGCUUAUCUUCGCUCAGUCGAGAUCUGAUUGAAGACAAACGUUUUGUGUCCGAGACCAAUCUAAAUCAUUAUUCUACUCCAACCACAUACUCCUCACUGCCAUCUGUUCAUACUGCCAGUCAAUCUAAAACUCAGCUUCAAUCGCCACUAAUACCUCAAAUUAGCGGCUCUCAUUUUGAUGGUUUGGAAACCUCUUUCAAUCCAUCCAUAAUACCACAAAAAUCAGGAUCUAUGCCAAAAAACUUUACAUUGCGAGGACUGUCCGAUGCUGAAUUCAAGCUAUUGGAACCAUUUUGGCGCUGCCAAAUCACACACCAGUUUGUUGAAGAUACCAUUAGCGAAAUAAACGAGUUGGCCGUUGAUAAGAGAAUGAUGAGUGGCGGUGUAAUGCAACCAGAAGCUGACAGAUUUACUUUGGCGGAAUUAACCCGAUCAUCUCAGAUGGAUUCAACAAAACUGAAUGAUGUAUUAUUGGCACUUUUACAGAUCAAUCGUAUCCGUCUGGUUAAAGCUGGUACUACUUUUGAUGAUCAAUGCUAUGGUUUUGCCGAAUCUCAAUAA